AUGUUCUGGGACAAGUCAAGCACGAGUUCGACGGUUGAGCGACAACCGAAGAACCCAAGCAGUACGGAUGAAGAAGCCAAAGAACAAGGAACAGAGGGGCGACAGCAAAGGACGAAAGAAGUAGAGGAGAAGAUCGCGCGAGAGGUGCAAUUCCAGCGGGUGAACUCACAGAUCUCUGGGAACGAGCCACUCUCAUGCAUGAAGAGUUUCGACAAGCUGCUCGGCUGUUAUUCGGUCUCUAAUCAGAUCAAGUCGAUCUAUCGCUUCGGAAACCUCGACUACGAGCUCUGUAACCAUUCCUUCCGCGACCUCAAGUUUUGUCUCAACCUGAAAUAUAACUUCGAUAAUUCGGAUCCCAACAACGACCAACAAAGCUUUCAGUGGAACCUCAGGAAGGCUGAGAAGGUCUUUGAAGCUCCUAACAGUCAGGACGUCUGGGAAGCUAGAGCCAUUGUACCGUUGAACCCAACAUUACCGAAAUGA